AUGGAAAUCACUUUGAAAACUCAAUCCAAUACCAACUCACACAACCGACGAUUAUUAACACAAGUAACUGAAUUAAUUAUUAAAAGUGAAGAAUUAGCAAAAUCAGAAACUGACUGGAAACUCUUAUCGCAAUUUGGAGAUUCAUUGAAUGCUAAAAUCAGUACAUUGGUGCAUCAGUUAUCUUUGAAUGAGAUUGAAACAAAAAACCUCAAAGAAAAAUUAAAUUUAUCUGAAAUUGAAGUGGAAAGCGAUGAAGAUCGAAAUGAAGAUCAAAAUGAUUUAGAUAAAUAUUUAUUAAAAUCAAGAUUAAAUGAAGAAGAAAAAGACUUUGAAAGGAUGGUCAAGGUCCUUUUGAGAACUUCAUCUAAUGUGACUUUACACAAACAACGAUUAUUAACACAAGUAACUGAAUUAAAUAUCAAAGAUAAAGAAUGGGCAAGAAGAGGGACUGAAUUAAAAUCUUUAUUGGAUACUGAAAGAAGAGAAAAAGCUAGAAUGAAAACAUCUUUUGAGAUUGAUAAAUCAGAAUAUCAGAUCAAAUUAAAUUCAUUGGAAUUUGAAAUCAGUAAAUUAAGAAAGCAAUUGCCUUUAGAUGAAAAAAUGGAAGAAAAAUCCAAUUUGUAUGAAACUGAAGUAGAAAAAUUGAAGAUCGAUUUAAUGAAUUCAGAAAAUCAAAAUCAAAAUUUGAUAGAAGAAUUGGGUAUUUCAAUGGUGAAUUUUGAAAAACUUGUAACUGAGAACCAAUCACUUUCUCAUACUCAUCAAAAUUUAAAUAAAAAAUAUCAAUCAACUUUAACAAAAUUAAAUAAAUCAUCUUCAAAAAUUUCAGGUGAAAGCGUAAAGAGAUCUAAAAAGGUCAAAGUGCUUAUGAAACCACUUAAUAGGUCUAAAAAACCUACAUCCACUCAAAUUCAAUCAAAGACAAAUCAAAGUGACAAAGUUGGACUAGAUUCAGAUCUUGAAGAAGAACAAACAGGCAUUGAUUUAAAUCGAAUGAUCCCCAAUGAUGGAUGGAUUUUGAUUAGUGGAUGUAUUACUAAACCAAAUCAACCACCUUUGGUUGAUACUCAUAAUCCAUAUUCUGAACCUAAUCCGACCACUUCAUCUGGAUCAUCUCGCACAAUCAACUUGCAUUUUACAAAACAAAAAGAUAAUCAAACUAAACCGACAGGAAAAAGAAAAGUCAAUACUAUAGAUAUAACUUCAGAUGAUGAUGAAGAUAAUGUAGGACUUGAUAAAAGGAACAGAGAAGAUGAAGAUUAUAAAGAAGCACAUGUGAAGAAGUCAAGGGGUAGACCAAAGAAACAGAAGAUAAAUGAAGAACAAGAUGAGGUUAGGAAAGAGAAUUUUAUAUCUAAAAAUAUUGUUCCUAGACCUAGAAACAAAGGAAAGAAGAUAGUGGGCAAAGCAGGAAUUGGAGCAGAAGUAGUAGCGGUAGAUGGUGGUGGUAAACACGCAAAAGAAGGCAAAGAUAAUAGUGGGGUUGUGAAUGAUAUAGAUAAGGUAAGAUCUUUAAUAUUGAGAAUAAAAGUGGCAGUCAAUGUACAUAGCUGUGAUCACUCAUCACUUGGAGAGCAAUCAAUACCACCUAUGCCUCAAGCAAGACCAAAUGAGGCCCAAGAGGGUCAUAAUCCUCAUCAACACCAAUUGUUUGAAUAUCACAGAAACCAAUUGGCUGAAUCACUCUUGAAUUUUGAUUCAAGCAUCUCUGAUACAAAUGAUCUGGAUUUAACAUUCUCACUCAGUCUUGCAAGAGGAUCAAAAUUCAUGUCACUUCCCAUCAAGACUCAAUUUCAAAUCAAUCAGAUUUAA